AUGGGGAAUCUCAAGCAGCGUCCACCAGCUGUAAGAUCCCGAAGUGUAGGAUCCCGAAGUGUAUUAUGGAAGAAGAAAUUUGUAGUUGUCUCCUUUGUGUUUGUAAUUAUAAUUGUUAUCAUUGUAAUGGCUGCCAAAGAAACGCGGCCAUGCUCGCCACACCCUUUUCUUGGUAAAACUGCCUGUCCACAAUACUGGAUUGGGUAUCAUGGGAAAUGUUAUUAUAUGUCUAACAUUGAAAAGGAUUGGAAUAGUAGUGAAGCUGAAUGUUCCACAUUUGAUGCCACAUUGGCCCUGAUUGAUUCGCUGGAAGAUAUGCAUUUUCUAGUGAAUCUGACCCGCCCCGUGCAUCAUUGGAUUGGCCUCUCCAAACAGACAGGCCUAAUGUGGAAAUGGCAAAAUGGCACAGAGUUUGAUGAUCAGUUUCUUGUGCGAGGAGAUAAUGCGUGUGCCUAUUUAGAUGACACCGGAGUGAGUAGUACCAGAUGUUCUCUGGAGAAGAACUUCCUUUGUAGCCAGCCAGAUGCCUGUGCUGGAAGCAAAAGGAGAAAUUAA